AUGGCUGAAGGUAUGUCUGCUACCCUUAUAUCUGAUAUGAAAAUUUACGAAUUUGAGGCAGAAAUCAAGCAAAAACUCAAGAUGGAAGAAUUGAAAAAAAGGUUCAGAGAAGUAGAAGGAGAAAAUGAUCUGCUGCAAGAGAAAUUAAACCGAGCACACAAGAGCAUUAAAAGACUUCGACUCGAAAGAAGUAUUCUGCUGGAAAGAAUAGAUAAAGGCUUUGAGAACGGCAGUGAUUCUGAUACCAAUUAUGAUUCAUUGUCGCAUAAUGACUUGACUAUGAGCAAGAUAUCAACACAACAUCACAACCACAAACAAUCUAAACAGGCCGAAAAGAAUAGUAGCACAACUAGCACAACUGUCAUCAAACCACCAAAGAAGAAAAAGGAUCCAAAUGCGCCCAAAGGCCCUGGAAAUGUGUUUUUUAUAUUCUGCCGCCAUGAACGUGACAAGAUCAAGGAAGAAAAUCCUGAAGAGAGCAUCGGAGACGUUACUAGAUUGUUAGGUCUUAAAUGGAAAGGUUUGACGAGAGAGGAGAAGCGGGUAUACUACGACAUGUUCAAACAAGAGAUGGAUGACUAUGAAGAGGCCAUGAAAGUAUACAAGAGUAAUGGUGGUGCUAACGGUGUUUUGCCUCUGGAGGAAGAUGACACUCCAAGAAGUCAGUCUGAUCCUGCUGAAGAAUUGGCAACUGAUUCUGUGAUGUCUUCUCCCGUAUCUACCAGCACUGACAAUAUCAUGCAGCAGCCUCACAACGAGUAUCCACAAGAUGAACAUGCGUUUGAUCGUAGCUCUCAUCACAGUUAUAUGGCAGAUGCUCACCAGCAACCUCUGUAUCAACCACAAUCGACCGAUUUGAUGUCGAAUAACCAAGAGAAUCGUUUGACUCAGCACCACCACCAGCCUCGUCAUCCUCAUCCAAUUCAACAACAACUACAGCAACAGCCGCUCCAGUUAGCUAUUAUUGAUAAUAGCAACGCACUUCAAAAACCUGUGAUGCCAUUACAUCCUCCUUCUGCUUCAUACGACCACUUUUAA